GACGGGAAGCGCGGUACAAUAGAGCUGUUGUGCCGUGGUGGUGGACAGAUUGCUGCCCUGGAGAUUCCCACUGUAGGGGGAUACAAAGCUCCAAAUUUACCCCUCAGAAAGAAGCUGCGUGUCUGUUUUUUAAAAGUACAUUUUAGCGUGUGUUUCCUGGACUCACACGUGGCGGGAAUAAGGCGGACAGCAGCGCGUGGACGACAGGUAAGAUGGGAGGAAUGUGAACAAUAUGCUCGUGUGUUCAGUGGAGCCCUGUGCCAGGAUUUACCCUGGAUGGUUUAUCCAGGCCACAGGGCCUGCUCGCUUUUCUUAGACGGUUUCUGCGUCUUUAAAGCAUGUUUGUUGGUGUUCACGGUACUGCCUCUUGCCUCGUAGUAAAAAAAAAUCCGCCUUAGUCGGAGCUGUGUGAAUUUUGGUCUUAACGUCUGUAGGAAGUGACAUCUUUGUAGGAUGGUGGCGCCCAUGUUUGAUUUCUCAACAGCCUGCAGUACAGCCCGCUACAGCAGGCCUCUGUGUGUGUGUGUGUGUGUGUGUGUGUGUGUGUGUGUGUGUGUGUGUGUGUGUGUGUGUGUGUGUGUGUGUGUGUGUGUGUGUGUUUGGCGCCAACAUGGCUCUCAGGGCAGGGCAGGGUAUUUAAUUUUGAUAAAGAAAACGAAAAAACACCACCCACCCCACAAGUUGUUUAGCCUAGUCUCAGUUAGCACAAUGUAACUCAAAAAAUAAUAAGUAAAUAAAGUCAACUAAGGUCAAUUCAGUCACUAUUAUUUCCUGCCCCUGCUGUUUCACAUCUUAAUUAUGUCAUAUCCGCGCAGAUUCACCUCCUCUAUGUACCAUAACGAUAAUGUUUACAUAAGAUUCCAGUCAAAGUGCUCCUGUAGUUCUGUUUGGUUAAAAGGGGAUUGACACUGUCAGAUAAUUGGGAUAAACAAACCAUAUCACUGUGAACCAUAAAAAUAAGCUUUUUGAGCAGUUUGCAACAGGAUUACACCAAAUUUUACAUUAGAAUGUCAGUUUUAGCCAAUAGUUCAUCCAAAAACUGGUGGUUUUUUUAAUGUUUAACCUAUGUUUUGGUUGUUCUUAUACAAAACCCAAUUCCAAUGAAGUUGGGAAAUUGUCAUAAACGUGAAUAAAAACUGAAUACAAUGAUUUGCAAAUCCUUUUCAACCUAUAUUCAAUUGAAUAUACUACAAAAGGUGGCAAAAAAAUACUGAGAAAUUUGAGGAAUGCUCAUCAAACACCUAUUUGGAACAUCCCACAGGUGAGAAGGCUAAUUGGGAACAGGUGGGUGCCAUGAUUGGGUAUAAAAGCAGCUUCCCCAGAAAUUCUCAGUCAUUCACAAGCAAGGAUGGGGCGAGGUUCACCACUUUAUGAACAACUGCGUGAGCAAAUAUCGGAACAUUUCUCAAAGUACAAUUGCAAGGAAUUUAGGGAUAUCAACAUCUACGGUCCAUAAUAUCAUCAAAAGGUUCAGAGAAUCUGGAGAAAUCACUGCACGUAAGCAGCACAGCCAAAAACAAACAUUGAAUGCCCGUGACUUUCAGUAAAUACAGUUCGUCGCUACAUCUGUAAGUGCACAUCUGAACAUUCACCAGAAUCUGAUUAAACUCUCUUUAUUGCCUAAACCUUUUUAUUUACAUGUGUUGGUUGAGACUAGGCCUGGGCGAUUUGGCAAAAAAAAUGAUCACAAUAUAUUUUGUUGUAUCGUCCGAUCUCUAUUAUUAUAACGAUUUUUUAUUUAACUGCUAGUUUUAAAGCAUCUGUACUAAAAACUAAAGAAACUAGAGAUUAGUUCAACAUUUAAUUAACAUACAAAGUAAAUAAAGAAUAAGAUACACUUAGAAAAAUAUAAAAAACAUUUUAACUCAACAGUACAACAAAUCUAGAUAAAUACCAAAUAAUAAAGUGAACUAGUUUACAUUCCUUAGUGUUUUUGCAAGUAUGCAAGACCCAAAAUAAACAAAUUGCCCCCUCAGAGAUAAUGAAGACGCCUCAAAAUGUAAACAUUAGAUGAUUGAAACGUAGAUGAUUCUAGAUUGCUGCUUUGGUCUGGUGGCUGCACUGCUAGUUGUGGCUAAACAGCUAAUACUACUCGUGCCGUCAGCAGUGGCUGGCUGUGCAGACUCCACUCGCAUUUUCAUGCUUUCUGCACAAUCACUCGGAAAGUACUUCUUUAAACGAUUGAACAGAUUUGUUGUGUCGCCAGUUUUUGAGAGCACGGAGCGCUGACAAACCUUGCACAUCGGCUUAAUUACUCAACGUCACUAUGGAGAUAACCAAACCACCGCCACACAACCGACGUUGAAUAAUUUGUUAACAAUAACAUCUUGAGAGGAUGACUCAAAGUCACGGCUGACAUCUAUUAUGCUGCCCUCAGCUCCGCGUUUAGCUCCACGUUCGGUCAUUCUGUUUACGUCUCCGGCAACUUGCAGAAGUGAGCAGGAAAAGCUUGACUCUGAUUGGCUGUUGUGACGCACAUUUCCACUAUGUUUGAUUAAGUAAAUAUGCUUACAGCUGAUCACCGUGAUCCAACUGAAAUUUAUCACUAUCAUUGAUCGCGAUCAUAUAAUCGCCCAGUCCUAGUUGAGACUCACUAAUGAGGGUUGACCUGUAAAUGAGUUGUCCAUUCAAAAAAAAGUGAAAAAGUGAUAGAAUAGCUAUCUGAAGCUGGGAACUCUUUGAAUAACUUUGACUUUAAAGAUUUUAAGACUCAAGUGUUACCCGAUGUGUAAGAAACUGUUUCAAAAACCAAAUCAAGUCAACAAGAAAAAGAAACCACGCAAAAACAAGCGGCUCAGCUCAGCAGAACUGUAUUGAUGCUUUUCAGUUAUUUACAGUAUUCAUAUUUACAAAGAGGUGAGGGAAUAAGGGAAGGAAAUGUGGGUAGGGGUUGAAGAGGUUAGGGUUAUAAGAUGGGUGGAUGGGGAGGUUAAUGUUAGGAAGGAGGGUAAGAGGAAAGUUAGGAAGAGGGGUUUGGAGGGAGGUUAGGGUUAGGCAGGGGAUUAGAAAGGUGGGUAAAAGGGUUUGUGGACAGCCUUUGUCUUCACUGUCGUCCUCUUUUCUUCUUCAUUUCACAGAGGUCUUCUUGGUCUCCUCUCCAUCGAGCUCCUCUGUUUCUCUGGGCUCUAUCUUCUUAUAUUCACCCUCCUCUUUCUUUAUCUUUUCUUCAUUUGACUUCUCAGUCUCAAUUCCUUUCUCCUUCUCCUCAUCUUGGUUUUUCAUCUCCUCCUCCUCCUUUUGUUGUCUCUACUCCUCCUGUGCUGAUUUUUGGAGGAGCUGAGAGAGAAACGGUGUGUUAGUUGAUUCAGCAGAAACCUUAAGAUAUUCUCUAGAGAAUCAAAGAAGUGAUUAUUUUGAUAUUGUAAUAUAUCUGAGCUCUGAAGUACCUGCAGGUUGUCAGUCUGGUCUUGGAGACACUUCUGCAGUUCAUCAUAUUUCCUCCUCCAGUUCUCCUCGUUCCUCUGAAGCUCCAGGUCUUUUUUGGUGAGAAGGUCUAGGGUGGCUAUGUGAGCUCUGGUGCGCUCUUGUCUUUUUUUGACAGCCCUAUCCUGGACCUCUCCCAUAGCCUUUAGUUCAUCUUUCAGCCUGCAGACUUCCGAGUUUUUGUGGGCCAGUUGGUCUUCGAAGGCCUUAUUCGUCUCCUGCUCUUUUUCAGCAGCCUUUUGCACUAGCUCAUCUUUGAGCCUCAGCUCCUCUUUGAUUCGGCUCAACCUGGAUUCUUUCUGAGGCAGGAGGUCAAUACAGUCUUCAUGGGCCUGUUUUGUGUCCUGCUCUCUAAUCUGGGCUCUUUUCAGCAGGUUGUUUUUGAGGUUUAGUUCCUCUUGGAGUUGAUGAACUUCCGUUUCUCUUAGAGCAAGUCGCUCCACAUGGGCCUGGAUCAUGACCGCCUCCUUUUUCGAGAUUUGAGCUCAGCGAUGGUGGAGCAGAUAGUUUCUCUCAGACUCUGGAUGAUCUGGCCAUCGCUGAGCUGGAGAUGGGGUCGCUGCAGCUUUUGACCGGCAUAUGUGACUGGCACACAGGCCUGAAAGAGAGAAAAUGACAUGAGGUUCAUUUAAAAAAUUACAAAAAUUUGCAGACAUGGAUUCAUAACAGUUGUUUUUUAAGUAGUUCAGUGAGAAGAUCUUACCAGGUGCCCUGCAGGAAGUCUCACGUACAUAUUUGUACAGAGAUUAAACAAGUUCAAAUUGAAUCGAAGUGUCAAAGUUAUCCUCUGAAGUUCCAUUCAAAAAAACAAUCACAAACAAAAGUUUACAAAAGAGAUCACAAAAAAAGUUAUCCUCUGAUUACUCAGUUAAAAGUUGAUCACAAAAGAACAGUUCGUCUUAUAUUCAAAAGAAGGGAUCGUUUUCAAAGUUGUUGAUAAAUGUUCAAAAUAAUCCUCCAAGAUAAAGAGUUGAUGCUGUUCACUCGAUGGUUUGAGUUGGUCUGAUCAUUCUCUCCAGGUUUAAGGUUUAAGUUCAGGUCCUGUUCAUUCUGAGGUCCCUGAUCCAGAAUGUUGGUCAGAAUGGAGGAUUCUUACAAAGCGUUCCACCUGCUUCAUAACCAAAUCAUGCAUUUUCUCCAUAUCAUUCAAAACCAUUGCUUUCAAUGUCAAGUUUACAUUACUUCAUUUGUAUGAACAAUUGAUGUUGCUAUCGGCAAAGACGUUCACAAAACUAAUCAUAACAUUAAUGCCACAAAUUUACAUUCCAUGAUAGUAUGAUUAUUUUACAUUUCUUCAAAGACAAAACUGUUUAUACAAAACCCAAUUCCAUUGUAGUUGGGAAAUUGUGAUAAACAUAUAUAAAAACAAAAUACAAUUAUUCGCGAAUCCUUUUCAACCUAUAUUCAAUUAAAUACACUACAAAGACAAGAUAUUUAAUGUUCAAACUCAUAAACUUUAUUUUUUUUGCAAAUAAUCAUUAACUCAGAAUCAUUAACUCUUUCAUGGCUGCAACAUGUGCCAAAAUAGUUGGGACAGGGGCAUGUUUACCACUGUGUUACAUCACCUUUCCUUUUAACAACACUCAAUAAACGUUUGGGAACUAAGUAGACUUAAUUGGUGAAGCUUUUAAGGUGGAAUUCUUUCCCAUUCUUGCUUGAUGUACAGCUUUAGUUGUUCAACAGUCCGGGGUCUCCGUUGUCGUAUUUUAUGCUUCAUAAUACGCCAACUUCUUUGGCACAUGUUGCAGCCAUGAAAUUCUAAGUUAAUUAUUAUUUGCAAAAAAAAAAACGAAGUUUAUGAGUUUGAACAUAAAAUAUCUUGUCUUUGUAGUAUAUUCAGUUGAAUAUAGGUUUAAAAGGAUUUGCAAAUCAUUGUAUUCAGUUUUUAUUUACGUAUAUCACAAUUUCCCAACUUCAAUGAAAUUGGGUUUUGUACAUUUUUUUAGACAAUUCAAUGUAUUAAAUCUACAUGCAGUUAUGUCACAGUGGAAUAAUGACAGAGUGUGGAUCAAACAGCUCCUCUACACUACAAAAAAAAAACAUUUUCUCCUUCCAGAGAGUAUCUCUAUGCUUCUAAAAUCUCAUUUUUCUAUUUGGAUCAUCCUGUUUAAUUUUCUUUUUCAGGUACCAAAUGAAGCUGUGAGGGUUAAUCAGAAGAAUCCAGUAGCAUGCUUUUCAUCUUAAAAUAUAUGGUAAGAAAUAUUUCCUCUGUGUUCACGCUGAUGGUUUAUAUUUGCCAGAUGGUCCAGUAAAGAGAUUUUUGUCAAGUUAAAAUUAAAAUGUGAAAACAGUCUUUAACAUCCUUUUAUUUUACUCUCCUUUAUUCAGCUGCGUAGAGUUUGGUAUUUGCAUGUGUUCAUGUCUGCUUUCUCCUCUUCUUCAGGAUGUUACAGGAUGAAACGUCUCAGGUCCUCAAGCAGCAGCGACAGUUCUGACAAUGAGAGUGAGUCACCUGUCCAAUGAAUCCCUCCUUACCUGAACAGGAGUGUGUCAUUUGUUUGCCACUGUUUUAUUAAAACCUUCUUCCUUUCUUGUAUCCAGGUCCUUCUACCUCUUUCUGCUCCUCAAAUAAAUAUGGCAGCAACCAUGGAACCCCCGCCUCCAGCCAGAAGAAACCGGCUGAAGUGAGUCCAGAUCUUGAACCACUCACUAGGGCUUCAUAGGAAGUUGAUCCCCAAUAAACUGAGAGGUUAUUUCGUCAAUAAAAUGUCAGUAAAUGCCUAAAUAUUCAUUGUUGUCUCCCACAGGUGUUCAGAAAAGACCUGAUCAGUGCCAUGAAGCUGCCUGAUUCCCACCAUGUCUCUCCAGAAGACUACUACCUGCUGGCAGACACCUGGAAGAUGGAGUGGGAGAAGGGGGUCCAGGUGCUGGCAAGUCCAGACACAAUACCAGAGCCCUCAGUCAGGUGGGCCUCUUAUAUUCCCAAAAUUUUGACUGUGGACAAUCACAUUAAUCAUAUAAACAUCAUCUCAGCUGGCCUCACGCCCAAUCCAGGAACUGUUUUUGGACUGUGUCCAUUUUGUAGAUUUGUAUUAUUUCAGAAAGUACAGCCUCACUUGGCCUCGUUGCCAGGACUUCUUUUGAUCCCUGAUUAGCAGCUUUCUGAACCUUUUAUAUACAGUAAUUUUACGAAUGCAAUGAUAAAGUAAUCAUAGUGAAAGAUAUAAACACUGAUAGGCACAGAAACACAUUGUCACACUUUUCUCUCUUGCUUUUUCUCUUUCAUCAUUUUUUAUCAUUCACUUUUUUAACUUUUUUUUCUUGUUUCUAAUUUGACUUCAUUUGUGAUCUUACCGCUGAAAUCUCACUCCAGUCAGGAAACAUUUUAUAAGCCCAGCGGCACUCACCAAUCCUUUUGUCUUUUGUUUGCAGAGUUAUUGUAGAGAAGUCAAAGGAGGUGCUCUACAGUCACCAGAGGAAGUACAUCCAGUGCUCGAGUCAAGAGACAGCAGAACCAGGUUACAUCAACAUCAAGAAGCUGGCAGAGGCCAUGUGUCGAUACGAUCUGGACGACAUGGACCUCUACUGGCUGCACACGCUCAACAAAGAACGCCAGCUCAUGGGUGAGGGACAGACUCAGACUUUUUAAAACACUUUUUCUUUUAAAGUUAGAAGUACAACCAUCAAGAUUUAAGCUGAAGACACACCAUCAGUCUGCUGGGGUUUCUCUGAUCUCUGAUGGGGUUUGUUUUUGUUCUCCUUCAGGGGAGGAGCCCAUAGACGAGCUGACGAUGGAGCGCACCAUGGAGGCCCUGGAGAGUCAGUGCCAUGACAACAUGAACCACGCCAUCGAGACGGUGGAGGGCCUGGGGAUCGAAUAUGAUGAGGAUGUCAUCUGUGAUGUGUGCCGCUCCCCUGACAGUGAAGAAGGCAACGACAUGGUGUUCUGUGACAAGUGCAACAUCUGUGUGCACCAGGUAAUAAUAAUGUCCACACUUCUCAUCAAGCUAUCUUGUAUCUCCAUCCCGGGAUGGGUCUUUAGAGGGCGCAGAGAAGGGCCAGAAUUAUAAGUGAGAGUAAGAUAAAGAAAUGUUCUGUUUCCUAAAAGCUUGAAAAUGCAUUGGUUUGAUCACAGUGAUUUUUAUGCAUUGGUUCAGUCCUGAGAAACAGGAAACAAUCUUUCUAAAUGUUUACUGAGGCCUAAUGUGGCUUUUUCAGCUUUUGGUACCAGAAAUAUAUGACGUAACAUUACUGAAGUGAGAAAACGAAUGAUUGAUUCAGUAUCUUAUUUUGGGACACAUCUCACUCACUCUUUUCAUUUUUCACACAGGCCUGUUACGGCAUCGUCAAAGUGCCUGUAGGAAACUGGCUGUGCAGGACCUGUGUCCUCGGCAUCGAUCCGCAGUGCCUCCUGUGUCCUCAGAAGGGAGGUGCCAUGAAGGCGACACGUGCAGGCACUAAGUGGGCGCAUGUGAGCUGUGCGCUGUGGAUACCUGAGGUACACAAACAAACACUUUCACCCUCUGCUUGUAUCUUGUUGCUUUAUGUUGUUCUCUCUGUCUGAAAAUGUCUUUGUAUUGGGUGAAUUUCCUCCUCCUGCAGGUGAGCAUCGCCUGUCCUGAAAGGAUGGAGCCCAUCACCAAAGUGUCCCACAUCCCGCCCAGCCGCUGGUCGCUCAUCUGCAGUCUGUGUAAACUGAAGACAGGUGCAUGCAUCCAGGUGAGCGUGGAUCUGUGUCCUCACAGACUGUUUCUGGCCUAAUUUUAAAAUAAAGAGGUCAAUUCUACAGGCUCACAAAAAUGCAGAAUUAUCUCUUUUAAGACGAGUGAUCAAAACAACAGGCGAGUCAAAACAGCAGCAAAGGUGUCGCAUGUCAGCAGCACUGACGAUAGUCAAGAACUGAAGCGUCUCUUUUUGACUUUUUUGCACUGUGAGCAUCAAAUAUUUUGAAAAAUUUCAUCUCAGUCAAAAGGAGCUUUUUGACAGAAAAAACAGGAACUUUUUUGUUCCAGGGACUUCUCUUUCAGGAACUGUGGUCCAUUGUUGUCUGUGUUUUCAGUGGGGGCCUAAAGUCCUAGGUAAAUAUUGUACAUUAGAUCAGUGACACCUAGGGAUGGUAUUUUGAAAUUCAUUGCACAGCUCUAUGUUGGAGUCUCUUGAUGCAAAAAAGCUUUUACAAAUUAUGUGGCAAGCAGAUAAGCUGAAUUAAAUUAUUUGAUCACAUCAGGUUACAGGAAAUAUUUGCUCUUCUACUUUUGCCUCUACUUAAACUGUCUCUGGACUCAGCUGGUGUCAGUGUGUGAAUUGUAUAUCCAUCUAUAAAGUGAAGCAGGUUGUUUUUUUGUAAAGUCUUACUCCCAAAACUGUUUUAACACCUCAGUCAAAGAACCUGUAUGUUCAUGUUUAUUGAUCAGAUAACAUUAGAUCAUGUAGGAUAUAACCCAGAAUCUCUCCAGUGUUUCUUACUCUGUGUGUUUGCAGUGUUUUAUAUGCAAAUUAACAACCUGUUUUUAUGUAAAUAAAAUCAUCAAGCCCUGUCACCUAAAAUCCCUGGACCUUUGGCAAGUAUGACGCCCUGAACAGAAGCUUUUCAAGGGCUUCAUCUACUACCCCAGAACUAAAUUUAGACCCUGUGGGUCCUGCAAUUAAAAUGCACAGAGUUCCUCAAAGGUUUUCUAAUUAUUGUGGAUGUGGAAAGUUCCUGUGUUCGAAAAGCACCUGAAGAGACUAGUCUUUCAUUAAGUUAACAUAAUACUUAUGUCCCGCUGCUCAGUGAGGAAGUCACCCCUAACUCAGGCCCUUUUGUCCUACUGAUAAAUUACAAAGCCAAACCAAUGGCCCCCAGUCACCACUGUAAUUCAGACAGCAUUUCCACUUUCAACGACUGUUAAGCCCCACCCGAAGGUGGACCUAUGAGGCUAACAACUAUUCACACAUUGAUCCUUCGAAAGCAACAGAAAAUACCUCCAAAUGUUUACCAUGGCAUUCAUGAUUUAAAAGACAGACAACACAUUAAAGAAGACCAACUAUACUAGAACAAUUUAACAAGUAAGCUAAAAAUCAAAGAACCCAAACACAAGAAUCCCCCGAAUGAGAGGCAACAGGGCAGCAGUCCCCCUCCAAAUGCUUUCAAGUACUGCAGGCGGCUCUAGGACUUUAAACUCUCAGGACUGGGUGAGGCUGUGUGUCAAUCUGUGUCUUUACCCGGGCGGAGCUACGGAACACAAAAAAGGAAACAUUCAGGCGUACCCAGCUUGGUUUAUUUGAGCUAAAGGAACUCCCAACACUGAUAUAACACUCUGCCACUUAGCUCCUAAAAGCCUCUUCAUCCCAGGGAAUUGAUUGGCAGCAAGAGUCAACACAUGACCGGGCGAACAAGUGGGCACCUCCAUGAGCAUUUGUUUGGUCAAGUGAGGCAAAAGUGAAUGAGACACUUCAGGAGUCUCUAAAGUUAGCUCCAGUGUCAACCCCCCCACCCCCUUUUCCACACUGGCCCCCACAUGCAUAAAUUCAAAGUCCACUCAAAGUUUUUCCUGUGAGUGUCAAAGAUUUAAAGGCAUUGAAUAUUUUCUAGCUACAAAGUGCCAUCGCUAAUCCGAUGCAUGUGUUUUCGCAUUAAAAGAUAGUAAAUUGAUGGAAGUACAAAAAGUUACAAUUAGAAGUUUAAUGAAGUUAAAUGAGCAAAUGUACCACUCUCACCCACCUGCACUACAUCCAAAUGGACACCAAGCAGCCAGUUGGUUCAGUUUGCAGGAAAUAAAAGCCCACAUGGCUGCCUUUUGGUUUUUGUUUUGUUUUUGCUCACCAUGGCUUUAAAUCUAUCUUGUGAAAACUUUCCUCAAAAUAGUGAGUCACUGUAUUUCUGACAAAGUCAAACCUCAAGGCUCUUCUUUAAUUUUGGUCAGAAGGUCAUUAAUCCACUUUCCAGACUGUAAUCCAGUUAUUAGACAAAUCCUGUUAACUAAAGCUUCUGUGGAAAUUUGAUCUGAUCAAAAUGUGUCCAUUCUCACACAGCUUUUCUUGCUCGGGUUCAUUGUCUAGUUCUCUAAUCAGUGCCUCCUCUUACUUUUUACAGUGCUCUGUGAAAAACUGCACCACUCCUUUCCAUGUGACCUGUGCCUUCGAGCACAGCCUGGAGAUGAAGACCAUCCUGGAUGAAGGAGACGAAGUUAAAUUUAAAUCUUACUGCUUGAAGCACAGUAAAUCCAAAACCGGGGAGUCUGCCCUGAGCCCAGCUCGCUCUAAACCCCCCACCGAGGCGGGAAAGGUUGGCCAGAGGGCGCGGAGGCUGCAGGAGCUGGAAGAGGAGUUCUACACUCUUAUCCAGCCGGAGGAGCUGGUCCAGGACCUCGGACUCUCUGAGGGCCUUCUGGACUACAUGUACCAGUACUGGAAGCUAAAGAGGAAAGCAAACUUCAACAGAGCUCUGCUGCCCCCUAAGGCGGAUGAGGAGAACCUGAUGCUGCAGCCGCAGGAGGACAGCAUCCACACACGCAUGCGGAUGUUCAUGCACCUGCGGCAGGACCUGGAGAGGGUGGGUGCAGUUUCACACAGAACUGUUUCAACUUAAGGAGCUAAAAAAAUCUUUCUCUUUAUCUCUACAUCUCUCAGUUGUGAGGAAAUUUGACCAGUGAUCAAAAUGAGUUGGAUUACUUUUUAACAUAAUUCUCAAAAUAUGUCAAAUCAAAACCAUGACAGUUCAUUAAUCCACCAUUCAAAACUUUAUUUAAUCACACAGGUGGCUCCUUAAACGGGCAAAGUAACUAUAGAAUAUUUGUGAUCUAUGAUAUCAAAAAGCUAUAGAGUCUCAAGCUGGGAUAGUCGGUUGAGGGAACCCUGUUUGUUGGUACACAUAUAUAAGAGGAUUAAGGCUGCACGAUAUUGGAAAAAAAUAAUAUUGCGAUUUUUUCAACCCUGCGAUAUAUAUUGCGAUAUUAAAAAUACAGUAUUUUCACCAGAUGACCUGAAUAGCACUUAAUGUUAUGCUGCACUGCUGAAAUCUUGAGGACAGUUAAUCUGCUCUGAUCUUACCUCUUUUUGUGAAUGUUAGUAGAAUGGCUUCUGUCUGUCUCAGAGAUAUUUUUAGCUUUUAUUGUGCUGGGACGUUAUUGUGGCAACAGGUGAACACAGAAGACGUGUUUUGGUCGACAUCAUCCUUCUUUUAACCGAAAUAAUUCCAGAUAACUGACUUUCCUUUUCUUUUUGGCAACAAAUCUUCAUUUUCGGUAGUUUUCGCUUGUUUGUUGUUCAUUUUGCGAUCGUUGUUGUUGUUGUUAGCGGUGUUGUGCCGAGAAACGCAUGUCCUCCGAGAAUUGCAUGCACCUCGCAAAACGCGCACUGCUUAUAGUAGAGUGGUCCACGGAAAUGUACAAUUUAAAACUAGUGAUGCACGAUAUGAAAAAUUUCAACCGAUACCGAUAACCGAUAAUUUUCUUCUUCUCAUGGCCGAUACCGAUACCGAUAACCGAUAAAUUCAUAUUUUUACAUUUAUUAUAAUCUUCAUAUAAUCUGCAGUUUGUGCAGGAUGCAGCGAUUGAAAACUGAUAUUUUUGUUGCUCUGGCCUAUCUAGAACAACAAACAAAAGUUUUUGGCUCUUCAAAUGUGGUCAUUUGCUAUAAAUAACAAUAACAGAGCAAAAAGCAGAACUUCAUUUGAUCCCCUGAACUGCUCAACAGAACUGUAAACUGUAAAGGAGCCAUUAUGAGCCGUUAGGCUUAGCACGCUGACCGGACUAACAUCUGACGUCCAUAUGUCUGUGGUAAAACUCACGUGUAGUCCGUUCUUGUCGAUCAGGUUGUGAAUGUAUGUGGCGACAAUAUCAUAGAGUGCAGGAAGACACACAUCCGAGAAGAAGCGGCGGCUUGGGAGAGUGUAACGUGACUCCAAGUGUGCUAUGAACUUACGAAAACCCGGGUUCUCAACGACGGAAAAAGGCUGUUCGUCGACCGCUAUGAAUUCCAUCACUUUGUCAUUAAUGGCUUUAGCCUUUUCGCUGUCUCUUGAGAAGCUUUUGCAGUUUUUAAACGCCUGCUGAAUGGGGACAUCGAUCCUCCGUAGUGUUGUUGUCUUAGCUUUAGUACCGCUAGCAGCUUCGGCGGCUGUCUCAUAGUCCUUUAAUACUGCUCCGCCGCGAUGGCGACUUUUCAGAUGAGCUAUCAGAUUCGUUGUGUUAAUACUUGACGUCUUCUUUCCUCCUCUUGGAAUCCUCGCUGAACAGGUUUUGCAUAUAGCAGCUGUUGUCAUCUUCUGCCACUGAGAGAAACGACCAUGCUGGUGAAGACAUUUUAUUAUCUGUCAGGCAGUGACGGGGUCAGACUUGGGACCUGCGAGUAAGGCUUGAUAGACGACGUGACCAGCGCGUCUCGGACGGGCGGCUACUCCGCCUGCAAACGUUACUCAUAAUUUCAUUAGUAUAUCGGAUCUUUCUAUCGGAAAAAUGCACCUAUCGGACCGAUAAAAAAUGACGUAAUUUCCCCCCAAAUCGGCCGAUAUUUUAUCGGUCCGAUAAAUAUCGUGCAUCCCUAUUUAAAACCCAUACAGUUCUUAUUUGUUGGGCUUAAUAGUCAUGAGUAAAGUUCCGAAAGUAAUUCUCAGCGGACACACGUCUCCCUCCAUGUGCAGAACAUGUGCAGGGGUGGGUUUUCUCCUCCCUGAUUUUGAUUGACAGCUGGCAGGGUAGUCUGAUUGGCAACUGAGAAGUGAGUCUGAUUGGCAACUGAGUUAAGGAUGAAGGCGAUUGGUGGAUCGCUGCACAGCACAUGCAGAGUCACAUGGAGUGUAUCUCAGUCGGUUACCCUUGAAAUUAAAUGAGUUCAUUCACCUCCAAUAUCGCAGGCUCUGCGAUGUGACUAUCGCACACACGUACAUCGCGAUGACGAUAGUCAAACGAUAUAUCGUUCAGGCCUAAACAGGAUAUUUUGACAAACUGUUUGUAAUUGCUUUUGAAUUUUUCCUCAUUUUCAGGUGAGGAAUUUGUGUUACAUGGUGAGCCGACGGGAGAAGCUGAAGCUGCUGCAGAGUAAAGCUCAGGAGCAGAUGUUCAAUCUGCAUGUGAAGCUGGUGAACCAGGAGAUCUCUGCUGGUGAGACAUGUUUCCCUUUUUCUCUCCCCCUCUCACUGUAAAAACAGUCACAGAAUUAACCCAGACUGCCCAUUUCAAGGACCAUAAUCUCCGUAAAAGGGAUGCACAACCUAACCUCUAGGCCAAACUUGCACCUUAGCAUGCUAAAAUGUAAUGAUUCUAGUUGUAAAUGACCGAUAAGAGUGAGCGAAGCAACGUAACUCCCCAACUUACUCCAUUUUAGCUGAUCGGAGCGGUGGUUUCGCUUUUUGCAGGUGCAGAUCUCACUCCAGGUUUUAGUCAGUGAUACUUUCUCAGAGGUUUUACCUCCUGCACCAAUCUCAGGGCUCUGUGUUGUUUUUGACACAUUUGUCACAUUUUUUAAGGAGGUGCAUGUGAGUCUUUGUGUGACAGUUUCUGUGAAGGUACUCGGGUGUGUAACCCUCUGCCACAUGCUCGAUUUGACACAGAUAUAAAGAUCAGGUUUAGGGAAGUAGAGGUCCGAUACGAGAGGUUUGUCAAAAUAAACAUGUUUUAUUGGUUAUGCAGAUAUAUGAAUUGGUGUGCAAAGAUAAACAUUAGUUAUCACAAUAAUGGCAUGUUUCAUAAAAAAGUCUUUUGAAUCACUUGACAAAUCUUUACAGGGAACCACCAAAUCUGAUUUGACUGGCGUAAAUAUGUAUCAGAUAAAUUCCUGGAUUUCUCAAAUUCACCUGGUUUUGUUCAUCUGUCCUUGUCUUCAGGCCUUCAGUCUUCAUACCCGGUGGAUAGUAUGCUGCUUCAUCCUCCUCCAAGGAUCACUCUAAAGCUGAAAAUGCCUAAAUCCUCAACUCUUGGAAAUGGAAACUCAGGCCCUAAGUCCGGUAACGGGCCACUCUGUCCGGACAACCGUGUGAAUGUUACUGAGCAGUUGGGAGGAGGGCUGCGUCAGGGUAAACCUCAGUUGCAUGUUAGAGGCCAGAAAGAACAACGUUCAAAUGGACGCCUGUCUUCUACGAAAAGCUCAGCAAAGCCUGUCAAGUCCUCUGGGAAACCUUUCGACCUGCAUGCAGCUAUGCAUGGACACUCGUCCAACAGUAAUGGCAAACUGGACCAGGACAGAGCCCUUAUGGCGAAAUCGAACGGCCUCCCUGAGAAGCUGGUAGCUCAGAAGGACAGCUCCUGCCAGACACCCAGCGAUCAGGAUGUUUCAAAUCAGGCUUUGAACAAGAGCAGUCUACAGAAAUCUGCCAUGGAGCACUUUGGCAGGUCUUUCAAAGAGGCAACUAUUAACUUGGUACGGACCACAGAGGACCUGAGGGCCUCUGACAAACUGUCCCAAAAGGGCUCAGCCAAGGAGAAAAUAUGGGCCAAACCUGUUUCUGGACAAAAAGUGAAAGGUAGUAAGUCAUAUCAGGACAGUGAUGGUUACUGUCCAGACCUGGAGCUCAGUGAUUCAGAGCUGGAGGGACACAGAGCCAAAGGGAGACACAGACGGCAGGUUGAGACGCCUCAGCAGGGUGCAGCAAGGAAAGGAGUCAGUCGUGGAAAACAGUUGCUGGGAUCCAAACACUCCAUGCAAAGGUGACAGCUGUACAUUUACUCCGCUCACUGCCUCUGAUCUCUCCAAAGUGCCGGGCGGUGUUUCAUCAGGGACCAGACCAAGACUCAGAGCUGUAUUCAUGAAGAGGAAGAAGGUGAAAGACCUGCACCUCUGUGAUUGUGUUGGUUUUAGAGAAACAGAUGUGUCUCUGUAUUUCUGUUAUCUAAGAUGAUCAUAUUUGCCUUCAUCACAGCCAGCGUUACAUUUUUUUAUUGAACACUGAAUGAAACACUCCGCUCCCCACACACAGGUUUAAUUUGCCUUUGACAAACUCUGCUGUAUAGAAGAUGUGGGAUGUAAAUAAUGUUUACCUGAGUCACAACUGUUCCACAUUUUCAACAGAGAAGGAAAUGAGACCAGCAUGCCAGAUGUACUGUCAUGAUUUCAAGCCUCUGCUGCAUCCUUGUCUUGUACUUACCCUGUUUCAGUUAACGUGGGCCCUGUUGUUCAAAAGCCGUCUGAAUGGAUUAAAGCUCAGAUUUCAAAAACAGGUUGUUCAAAUGAAAAAAAAAAAAAGAAAUCUGGUAAUCUAAUCCUGGUUUUAUCUGGUUAAAGUCUGGAGAUUGUGUUGUAGGUAAACUCUGAAGUAGGAUGGACGACAAAAUCUGAGUUGUUCUGAUUUCAGCUGGAUCCAGGCUGCAUUAGGGGGUCAAAUGAAAGGAAACUUUUGAGUAGGUCGGAUAAAGCAACAUUUUCAUAGUUUCUUCUUUGCAGUUUUAAAAAGAUAAAGGCGCGCCUAUGACAACCUGAUCAAAGAACUACAUGAGCUACAAUAAGGAGUGAAACACUGGAGUACGCAUGCCAGACUGGUCAUUGGACGUUUCACUGUGCAAUAGUGCCCCACCAACUGCACACAGAGGCCUUCUUCAUUAGAGCAGUGAUCACAGACAGUCACGUGACUGCAGCAUUGACAUAACCAUUUUCUAUUUUGAUAGUUGACAACAGAAAACAUUUUCAAACUGUUCUAUCCUGGAACACAGCUUUCAAAGUUUGUUUCCUCAACUGCCUAAAAUGCUAAAAUGAAGCCAUUUGCAUAUACAGGGACGGACAAAGUGAAACAGUAGUUUUUUCCUUUCUAUUGAAUAUGCUCAGAUUUUAACUGCCUUUAACUUUCAGGGCUGUCUUUAGGAACUUUUAGUUUGUGUCAAUUUUGGUUAACAGAUUUCAAUAUAAAAAUGUCAGUCUUGUCCCCUGUGGUCUUGUUUGCUUUUUCAUAUGAAAACAGGAAUUUCAGUCUAUCUUUGAGAUGUUCAUGUAAGUAGUAUGAGUCUGAUAAACGGUGUCAGACAGUCAUUGGUUGUCAUCCAAAAGUAUGCACACAAAAAAGUUAUUACCACCUCAGUAAAAUAGUGAAGCCAGUGGACUUUUUUUGCACUGAAAGGAUACUCAAAAAGGUUAAUUGGUAGAUGUUAGUUCAAAGUUAGUCCAAAUCCAAAGCUCUAUCACGUAUUCAUACAACUUUGUGCUGUAUCACAAAAAUCGCUUAACAGCUCUCUUAAUGAUAUCUGAGCCUUUCUUGGCCCAGCAUGGAGCUAUUAUUAUUUGGACAAUGCUCAUUAAUCAACAUUUUAGCUGUAUGCAUCAAUAUAAAUCAGUCAGAAUUAGCUCAGGAGCUAAACUUUAUCUGCACUCCUGAGGCAGAUACUUAGAUAAAACAUACAACAAAUUAUCUCCUCCAAUUCAACUCUGGAAAGAACCCAGAACCACAGAACUGGUUGUGUUGUCAGCUGGUUGAAGACCUGGUUUCAACCUGUUCUGUAAAAGCUGUAGGAAUAAAAAAUGGACUUUGUCAUAAAAUAUUUCCUCAACUACAUUUGACAUGAAUAAAUUGAAAAUUAAAUAGAAACCGUGAAAGGCAGCUAAAAGGAUCUUUUUGGGGAUUUGCUGGUUCCUCUAGACAAAAAAAAAAAAGGCUCAGAACACGAUCAGAGACUGAGAUGGAUUUCCAAAUCCAGGUCCUUAUCAACCAGAAGAUCAAACCUUUUGAACAACUGGGCCCAGCUGACAAAUUAAGAUGGUCGCCAAAGUUUGGAGUCAUUUUAAUGAACAGAGAUGCCUUUUGAGUGUAAGAACCAUAGACUUAAAUUAAGAAAUCAACAGAGCAACCAUUAUGUAGAGGUGUUGAUUUUCUUGUCUCAGAAAUGAAAGAAAUGUUCUUUACAGUAUAUUUAAACAUUCCCUAUUGUGUGCUUUAGUGGUGUAGCUGAACUUGGAAGCAUAAAGCAAAGACACAGUCCAGGUUUUUGGUAAGAGUUGCCUUUUCAUCAGCCUCAGAUCAUCACAGAAUGAAAGUCUCACAAUAAACAUGGUCGGCUUUAAUUUUUUUAAUGAUAAAAGAAUUGGAGUGACUGAUUGACCAGAGCUGGAGAUGGUUUAUGAUAACGAUGCUAAUUUCCACCACAAAAUGCUGUAUUGUUUUUGUAUUGAGUAAAAAGGGGCCAAAAUUCAUUUAUCAGUGUUUAAUAUUGUUGCAAUUUAAAGGUAGUUAAUGGAACAAAAUCCAGAGCAGAAUUACGCUGUUUGAUGGCAGAAUGAACAAACUGACUGACCAUUCAAGGACAGAAGAGGUUCAGCCUGCGCUUAUUUAAUGUUCCUACAAAUACACUGUAUCAUUCAUGGUGCUUUAGACUGGUUGUUAUUGAAGGUUCCUCUGUUUACCGGUCAGUGAUGAAGAAAGUGUUGCAACAUCCAGCAUUCCACUUUGUGUGGUUGAAGAGGAUUGUAAAUUACAAAAGUGCAAACUUUAAAACUGCUCCAUCCACAAACACUUUCUUUUUCAAUCAAACUUGACAUUGCCUGAAAAUCCUUUUGGUUUUUUAUGUUUCUACUGUGGAAAGAACAUUUUUAAAUAAAGUUUUUAAAUUAAUACUUG